UCAGGGGCCCUCUCAAACUGCUAAGGGCAAGGAGAGGAACUGAGGUUUGUGAGCACUGUGGCUUGUGUUUCCUGUAUUCAGCAGGCUGCUGUGCGAAAAGGACGUCUGUAUAAGAAGAAAACGGUGAGAGGGUUUAGAACCUUGGCUUGACAGCUUUGCCAGCCAUCUGGUACCAGAGACCAAGAAAGGGCUGAAGGCUCUCCUGAGACUCUUGAGACAGAUCCUGGGACCCGAGAUCCAAGCAGCUGUUCAAGGAAAGUAAGCCAAGCACAACAGGUGCUCGGGAGGCCACCAUGAUCAGCUCAGACUCCAGGUCCUCCCCUGGCUUGGCUCGGUGGGCCGAGAGCUAUGAGGCCAAGUGUGAGCGACGUCAGGAGACCCGAGAAAACCGCCGCCGCCGCCGCAAUGAGACCACUUGCCGCCAGCCAGGGAAGGUACUGAGGACACAACACAAAGAACAGCUUCAGAGAGCUCGGCAGCUACAGUUCCUUAAAAGGAGAAACCUGGAAGAAGAGAAGAAAGGCCAAGCCAGCGAGAAAGGGCCCUCCAUCAAGACAGAUGGAGGAACAGGCCAAGUGUCUAUCCUUAAGGAGUCCCUGCCUGGUGCCAACAAGACCUCUUUCCUUGGACAGCAGGAAACAGGACUAAGCUCUGAGGUUUUCCCAGCCUUACAUCAUCCCUCCUCAGGCAUCCAGAGGGAUCGGGAUGACCACCAUGCUUCCCAUGGGAGAGCCUUUCCACCACAGGAAUCUGACAUGAAUAAGCCACACAGACACCACCGGGGCACCCAGACAAAGGCAGAAGAGACAUGGUCAACAAUAAAAAAUGAUGCUAGUCAACAAACCAACUGUGGAGUUGCUGUCCUAGACAAGGAUAUCAUUCAACUCUCUGAAUACCUCAAAGAAGCCUUACAAAGGGAGCUGAUCCUAAAACAGAAAAUGGUGAUUCUCCAGGACCUCCUGCCUGCCCUGAUCCGGGCCUCUGACAGCUCUUGGAAGGGGCAACUUAAUGAAGACAAACUGAAGGGCAAACUAAGAUCCCUAGAAAACCAGCUCUAUACCUGCCUGCAGAAACACUCCCCCUGGGGAAUGAAAAAGGUGCUGCUGGAGAUGGAAGACCAGAGAAGCAGUUAUGAGCAGAAGGCUAAGGCGUCUCUGCAGAAAGUGCUGGAGGAGAAAAUGCAUGCGGAGCAGCAACUGCAGAGGGUGCAGCUGUCCCUGGCUUUGGCAGAGCAGAAGUGUCAGGAGUGGAAGAGUCAGUACGAGGCUCUUGAGGAAGACUGGAGGACCCUCGGGGACCAGCACAGGGAGCUGGAGAGCCAACUGCAUGUGCUUCAGUCCAAACUACAGAGUGCAGACAGCAGAGACUCACAGAUGAGCCAGGCCCUGCGACUUUUAGAAAAUGAGCACCAGGAGCUCCAGACCAAACUCGAGAGCCUGCAGGGAGACCGAGAGCAGCAGAGCUCUGAGACCCAGGACCUACAAGAUCAACUAAAGAAGUCAGAGGAGGAGAAACAGGCCCUGGUGAGCAGAGUACUACAGCUACAGAGUCUGCUGCAGAAUCAAUCCGUACAACUUCAAGAACAGGAGAAGCUCUUAAAGAAAGAUCAGGGAUUGCCUGUGUGGAAUCCAAAGCUCCCCCUUGAUGAAGUGAAGCCUGAGGGUACAAGAAAGGAGAAAGACAAGGAGCUCAAAGACCAACGACAAAAGGAGACAUCUCAGCUCCAGGCCAAGGAAAAGGAGUGCAGAGAACUGCAUUCAGAAUUAGACAGCCUCCAUGAGAAAUACCUUUCCUGUCUGCGAACGCUACAUGACUGUCAAGAAGCACUGAGCCACAGCCAGGAGCCGGCUCCCAGAGGCAUUUGGAAUCCCGGAUGCCUUUUUAUUAUGUCUGCUCAGCUGGUAAAGUCUAUACGAAUACUACCAAAAGAAAAAAGGAAAAAAAGGUAAAGUUAAAUGACUCCUAAUCCCAAGCAUUUCAGAAAAAGGAUACUCAGCCUGUAUUGGUUCAAGCAUUGAAAGAGUAUUCUUUUGAUUUAUUGUGAACAUAAUGACAAGGGCAGAGGAGGACCACAAAAGUAUUGAGGCGUGCACAAAGGGAGUGUUAUUCUGCUGAGUUAUUUUCCACCUUUGGUUAUUCAGAUCAGCACUUAAAUAUCUGUCCCCAGUCGGAUAUGAAUGAGCCUCUAGGCCACUAGUAAACUGGUUUUAUCUCAAUGGAAGUGACAAAAAGUGAAGGAAACAGUGAAGAGAGGGGGAAAAAAGCCCUUUCUGCCACCAAUGUGAGGUUUUCUACUGGGUUAAAAUGCCAAGGGACUCUUCCUGCCAAUACUUCCUCCAGCUAACUCAUGGCUGCUCCCUCCUGUCUCUACUUCCAUACAGCAGCCAUGUGACCAGUGGCUCCCAGUGCUGACAGUGGUGAUUGUUGCAGCACUGGCCGUGUUUCUGGCAAGCAGUGGCAACCUGGUCAU